AUGGAGGAUACUAACGCAACAGUAGCUGCUAAGAAGAUUAAUGCUGGGAAAGGCAUAGUCGGCUACAAGAAAGUACUAGAGUACUACGUUGGUGAACGACCAAACGGCGUGAAAACGUGUUGGUUAAUGCAUGAAUACUCGUCUGAGUCUUCUUCUGUUGAUAACGAGAAGGUCGAUCAUGCUUUGAUUUAUCUGACUUCUAAGGGAGCAAAGAAGAAGAAAGCAGAUCAGGAAGAAGAGAAUGAGAAGCUUAAGAAAGACGAAGAGGCGGUUGAACAUCUGGAUUUGCAUCAACCGGACCAAUCGCAGCUUCAUGAUAUGGUGCAUCAACAGCCACAGUACUGUUUACUUGACAUGAUCGAUGCAUGGCUAAAAACUGUGGAGGAACAACAUAGUGUGAGUGUCGAAUGUCGAUACUCAGCAGCAACAACAACAAGAGCAAUGUACACCGAUUCUUCCUCAGGAUAUGGUGUAUCAACAGCCAGAGAACCAGUGAUCCCAGAGGAUUAUGAAGUUUUCGUUGCUGAUUUCAUUAAGCCACACUCAUUUCAAUGA